AUGUGUUACUAUGGCAGCUACUAUGGAGGCCUGGGCUAUGGCUAUGGAGGCCUAGGCUAUGGCUAUGGAUGUGGCUAUGGCUGUGGCUAUGGCUGUGGCUAUGGUGGCUAUGGUGGCUAUGGUUAUGGCUGUUGCCGCCCACUGUGCUGUAGAAGGUACUGGUCCUGUGGCUUCUACUGA